AUGUCUUCAUCAUCUCAGACUAAACCAGUUGACACAUCACCAAUUAUCAAGAAACACAAUGAAAAAUAUCAUAAUUCAUAUUUAGCUAUGGUCGAGAGGAACCAAAUACCGUUGUCUCGAGCGCUUUUAUGUGGUAUACACCUAUUUAACUAUAUCUUUCCAGGAGGGUUUGCAUCGAAAUUUAUUCGCUUACAGCACCGAACAGGUACUUCGUACAGUGGGAGUGCAUUGUACGAUAUUGGGAUCGACGACGGGUAUUAUAUUGUUCACUGGGUUAUAUUGCUAACGUUUCUUAGAUCGUUUCUCAUGCAGUGGUGCUUUGAACCAUUUGCCUCAUACUUCUGUAAUAUUCAUUCUAGAAAGGCUAAGGUGAGAUUUUCCGAACAAAGUUGGUCGUUUGUAUACUAUUCAUUUUCUUUCACAUAUGGUGCUUAUUUAUAUUACAACUCGUCAUACUGGCUCAAUUUCGAUCAGAUUUUCGCAAACUGGCCGCAUUAUCAACUAGGGUCGUUAUUCAAGAAAUACUACCUCAUUUCUAUGGGAUUCUGGUUGCAGCAGAUUUUCGUGUUGAAUAUUGAAGAAAGAAGAAAGGAUCAUUUCCAGAUGUUCAGUCACCAUAUAAUUACGUGUUUGUUGCUCACUGGGUCAUAUUACUAUUAUUAUAAUAGAAUCGGUCAUUUAAUCUUGAUGAUUAUGGAUUCAGUAGACAUAUUCUUAGCAGCUGCGAAACUUUUGAAAUAUUCGGGUUACAACAAUGCCUGUGACUAUAUGUUUGUUUUCUUCAUGGUUUCGUGGGUAGUGUUGAGGCAUGGCCUUUACAAUUAUUUAUUCUACCAGAGUUGGCAUAAUGCAUCGAGUUUAAUGAGCAAUUCAGAAUGUAUUCCAGGUCAGUUUCAAAAAAGAUGCUGGACGCCGACAAUUCUUAAUAGUUUCUUUUUUUUGUUAGGUGGUUUGCAGGUAAUCACAAUGAUCUGGAUGUACCUUAUUUCGAAGGUUGCCUACAAAGUUAUUCUGGGGAAAGGAGCAGAAGACGUUAGAAGUGAUGAAGACGAUCUGGACUACGAAGAAGAUAGUAAUAUAGCGCCUGAUGGCCACCAUUCUUCGAAUAAGAGAAGAGACUAUCCUAAUAUCGGAAGUGACAUUAAUAUAAAGUAA